GAGUGAGGGAGGGAGGGAAGGGAGGAGGGAGGCUGGACAGGGUGAGGGACAGAGAGGAAGAGAGGGAGUGGACGGCUAAGGAAGGAGGGCGAAAGGCAGAGAGAAGAAAAGACACAACUUGAGACUUGACAAAAGAGGGCAGGUACCAAAGGCAGGAGCAUGAAGGCCCCCGCAGGACUCUUCUCUGCCUUGGUGCUGCUCCUUGUGAUCGGAGCGGUACUCGCCCAGAGGCCUCGGCCAAGAAAACCCACCAGGCGCCCGGCCACACCCAGGCAGCCCUCCGUCCCCCAGCCUGAGCCGCAGGAGCCAACCGACAUCCCCCCGCUCAUCAUCGGCCCCCCUUCCCCUUACCCCGACUGCCCCAGAGAGUGUUCAUGCUCUCCAAACUAUCCCAACUCUCUCAACUGUGAGAACCGAAACAUCCGUGUGAUCCCUGUCAUCCCGUCCAGAACGCACUAUCUGUACCUUCAAAACAACUACAUCUCAGAGGUGACGGCAGAACCUUUCAUAAAUGCCACGGACGUCCAUUGGAUCAACCUGGCGAACAAUCGCAUCCAUAGAAUAGACAAACAGGUGUUCCAGAGGAUACCUGAUCUGUUGUACCUCUAUGUUCAACGUAACCAGCUCAAAGAGGUGCCCUCAGGCCUCCCAGCAAGUCUGGAACAGCUCCGGCUCAGUAAGAAUCGCAUUUCCAAAAUACCUGCAGGCGCCCUCAGUAAGAUGGGGAACCUGACCCUACUUGACCUCUACCACAACCAGCUGAGUGACAGUGACCUGGGCAGGAACACGUUCAAGGAUUUGUCCAACCUGAUCCAGCUUAAUUUGGCCCACAAUGUGCUAAAAAAGAUGCCGGCUGGCGUCCCUAACAGCCUCAUACAGCUGUUCCUCGACAAAAACCGCAUUGAAGACAUCCCCAAAGACUACUUCCAAGGCUUUUCUCACCUGGCCUUUGUGAGGCUCAACUACAACCAUCUGCGUGACAAAGGCGUCCCCAGGGCCGUGUUCAACAUCUCCAGCUUGCUGGACCUGCAACUCGCCCACAAUCAGCUGGCCUCCAUUCCUCUCUUCAGUUCUCACCUGGAGCACCUGCACCUCAAUCACAACACCAUCGAGAAUAUCAAUGGCACCCUAAUCUGCCCACAGAGCCUGCAGGCCGACAUGAGUGACGCCCGCCAGAUUCCCCGACUAAGGUACCUGCGUUUGGAUGGAAAUCAACUCAGCCCCCCCAUACCGCUGGAUGUCAUCAUGUGCUUCAGACACCUCCACUCCAUUGUUAUUUAGGGAAACUCUGCCUUGAAGCAAGGAAUUGUGCGCUCACACACCCACGCUCUUACACCACGUGCUCAGUGAGGCCAGAGGCGGUCUCCUGUGCACUCUGCGGAACUGUCUCUGGGUGAUACUACAAUGACUUGGAAGUUUCCAAAGUUUCACUGAUUUCACAGGUAGCACAACUAUGUCAACAUGAAGAGUGGCUAAAUGCGAUUGUAAUACAUUUUAUUGUUUAUAGAAAUGUAUCAGUACGUAUCUUGUUGUUAUUGUUUAAUGAAAAUUCCGAAGAUGAAUGUUUGAAAACCCUGAAAAUACAGGCAUAUUGACAGACACACUACACAUAUGCAGUUAGUAUGUCCACAAGUAGAACGGAAGAACUUUAACUACUAUGUAGUUGAAAGUGUCCUAAAUGUGCCUGCAAUUUUCACUUUAUUCCAAGUACAAUGUCAUUGUAUUCCUUUUUUUCCCUGUAUAAAGAUGCUUUGAACAAAUAAUAAUUAAGUGAAGAAACAA